GCGGGGAAAAUGGUGGAACCAGGGCAAGACUUACUGCUUGCUGCUUUGAGUGAGAGUGGGAUUAGUCCAAAUGACCUCUUUGAUAUUGAUGGAGAUGUGGGGCUUGCAUCUCCAACCCCAACCCCUGCAGUUCAGCAGUCGGUGCCACUUGGUGCAUUAGAACUAGGCUUGGAAGCAGAAGCCGCCAUUACUGUUAAACAAGAACCAGAGACAGUACCCAGUCCUGCGCUGUUAAAUGUGAGGCAGCAGCCUCCAUCUACUACAACAUUUGUGCUAAAUCAAAUAAAUCAGCUUCCAACCCUGGGAUCCACAAUUGUAAUGACUAAAACACCACCUGUAACAACCAACAGGCAGACCAUCACUUUAACAAAAUUUAUCCAGACUACUGCAAACACCCGCCCUUCAGUCUCAGCACCAGCAGUGCGGAACACCGUGACCUCUGCACCGUCAAAAGACCAGGUUCAGCUGAAGGAUCUGCUCAAAAGUAGUAGUCUAAAUGAACUCAUGAAGCUGAAGCCACCUGCUAAUAUUGCUCAGCCAGUUGCAACAGCAGCUACUGAUGUAAGCAAUGGUACAGUGAAGAAAGAGUCUUCUAAUAAAGAAGUAGCAAGGAUAUGGAUAAAUGACAUGAAAAUGAGAAGUUUUUCCCCAACCAUGAAGGUUCCUGUUGUAAAAGAUGAAGAUGAGCCCGAGGAAGAAGAUGAAGAAGAAAUGGGCCAUGCUGAAACCUAUGCAGAGUAUAUGCCAAUAAAAUUAAAAAUUGGGCUGCGUCAUCCGGAUGCUGUCGUGGAAACCAGCUCUUUGUCCAGUGUCACUCCUCCUGAUGUUUGGUACAAAACUUCCAUCUCUGAAGAAACCAUUGACAGUGGCUGGUUAUCAGCGUUACAGCUUGAGGCAGUUACUUAUGCGGCCCAGCAACAUGAAACAUUCCUACCUAAUGGCGAUCGUGCUGGCUUCUUAAUAGGUGAUGGUGCUGGUGUAGGGAAAGGCAGGACAAUAGCGGGAAUCAUCUAUGAAAAUUAUUUGUUGAGUAGAAAGAGAGCGUUGUGGUUCAGUGUUUCAAAUGACUUAAAGUAUGAUGCUGAAAGAGACUUGAGGGACAUUGGAGCAAAAAACAUUUUGGUCCACUCAUUAAAUAAGUUUAAAUAUGGAAAGAUUUCUUCCAAACAUAAUGGGAGUGUGAAAAAGGGUGUUAUUUUUGCUACAUAUUCCUCCCUUAUUGGUGAAAGCCAGUCCGGUGGUAAAUAUAAAACUAGGUUAAAACAACUUCUGCACUGGUGCGGUGACGACUUCGAUGGAGUGAUAGUGUUCGAUGAAUGUCAUAAAGCAAAGAACUUAUGUCCUGUCGGUUCUUCCAAACCCACCAAGACAGGCUUAGCGGUUCUGGAGCUUCAGAACAAACUGCCGAAAGCCAGAGUUGUGUAUGCCAGUGCCACUGGUGCUUCGGAACCACGCAACAUGGCCUAUAUGAACCGCCUUGGAAUCUGGGGUGAGGGGACUCCAUUCAGAGAAUUCAGUGAUUUCAUUCAAGCUGUGGAGCGCAGAGGUGUUGGUGCCAUGGAAAUAGUUGCUAUGGAUAUGAAGCUUAGAGGAAUGUAUAUAGCCCGACAGCUGAGUUUUACUGGAGUGACCUUCAAAAUUGAGGAAGUUCUUCUUUCGCAGAACUAUGUUAAAAUGUAUAACAAAGCAGUCAAGCUGUGGGUCAUCGCCAGAGAGCGGUUUCAGCAGGCCGCAGAUCUGAUUGAUGCUGAACAGCGGAUGAAGAAGUCCAUGUGGGGUCAGUUCUGGUCUGCGCACCAGAGGUUUUUCAAGUACCUGUGCAUAGCAUCCAAAGUUAAGAGGGUUGUGCAGCUAGCCCGGGAGGAAAUCAAGAAUGGAAAAUGUGUUGUGAUUGGUCUACAAUCUACAGGAGAAGCUAGAACAUUAGAAGCCUUGGAAGAGGGUGGAGGAGAAUUGAAUGACUUCGUUUCAACUGCCAAAGGAGUGUUGCAGUCACUCAUUGAAAAACACUUCCCUGCUCCAGACAGGAAAAAACUGUAUAGUUUGCUGGGAAUCGACCUGACAGCUCCGAGUAACAACAGCUCACCCAGAGAUAGCCCUUGUAAAGAAAACAAAAUGAAGAAACGGAAAGGUGAAGAAAUAACUCGAGAAGCUAAAAAAGCACGCAAAGUCGGUGGCCUCAUGGGUAGCAGUUCUGAUGACAGUGGAAGUGAGUCUGAUGCCUCUGAUGGUGAAGAAAGUGACUAUGAGAGCUCGAAAAACAUGAGCUCUGGUGAUGAUGAUGAUUUCAACCCCUUUAGAGACGAGUCUAGUGAGGACGAUGAAGACGAUCCUUGGUUAAUCAGAAAAGACCACAAGAAAAACAAAGAUAAAAAAAAGAAGAAAAGUAUAGAUCCAGAUUCUAUUCAAAGUGCCUUAUUAGCAUCAGGUCUCGGAUCAAAACGACCUAGUUUUUCAUCUGCACCCAUUAUUUCACCUGCUCCCAACAGUGCGCCAGCUAACAGUAACUCCAGCAGUAAUAGCAGCCUUGUAACAAGUCAGGAUGCUGUGGAGAGGGCCCAGCAGAUGAAGAAAGACCUACUUGAGAAACUAGAAAAGUUAGCUGAAGACCUGCCUCCUAAUACCCUGGAUGAACUUAUUGACGAGUUGGGUGGCCCUGAGAACGUUGCUGAGAUGACUGGCCGCAAGGGACGGGUUGUGAGCAAUGACGAUGGAAGCAUAUCUUACGAAUCAAGAUCGGAACUUGAUGUGCCUGUGGAAAUACUAAACAUUACAGAAAAACAAAGGUUUAUGGAUGGAGAUAAGAAUAUUGCUAUCAUCUCAGAAGCUGCCAGCUCAGGUAUUUCAUUACAAGCAGAUCGCAGAGCUAAAAAUCAAAGGCGAAGAGUUCAUAUGACUCUAGAAUUACCCUGGAGUGCAGAUAGAGCAAUCCAGCAAUUUGGAAGAACUCACAGAUCAAACCAAGUUACUGCUCCCGAGUAUGUCUUUCUGAUUUCUGAACUGGCAGGAGAACAGAGAUUUGCCUCUAUUGUUGCCAAAAGACUUGAGAGCCUGGGGGCGCUUACACAUGGCGACAGAAGAGCGACAGAAUCUCGGGAUCUGAGCAGAUUCAACUUCGACAAUAAGUAUGGAAGAAAUGCUUUAGAAAUUGUUAUGAAAUCCAUUGUAAAUUUGGAUUCUCCCAUGGUAUCACCACCUCCAGACUAUCCUGGAGAAUUUUUCAAAGAUGUUCGACAAGGACUAAUAGGUGUUGGCCUGAUAAAUGUAGAAGAUCGCUCAGGAAUUCUUACUCUUGAUAAAGAUUAUAACAACAUUGGAAAGUUCUUAAAUAGAAUUCUGGGCAUGGAAGUGCAUCAACAGAAUGCGUUAUUUCAGUAUUUUGCCGACACACUUACCGCAGUUGUUCAGAAUGCCAAAAAAAAUGGAAGAUACGACAUGGGAAUCCUGGAUCUUGGUUCCGGAGAUGAAAAGGUGAGGAAAAGUGAUGUGAAGAAGUUUCUGACGCCAGGAUACUCAACCUCCGGCCACGUAGAGCUAUACACGAUUAGCGUAGAGAGGGGAAUGUCCUGGGAGGAAGCAACCAAGAUCUGGGCUGAGCUGACAGGACCAGACGAUGGCUUCUACUUGUCAUUGCAAAUAAGGAACAACAAGAAAACUGCCAUUCUAGUUAAGGAAGUAAACCCUAAAAAGAAACUUUUCUUAGUUUAUCGACCAAAUACUGGAAAACAGCUCAAAUUAGAAAUUUAUGCUGAUCUCAAGAAGAAGUAUAAGAAGGUAGUCUCAGAUGAUGCCCUUGUCCAUUGGUUAGACCAGUAUAAUUCAUCUGCAGAUACUUGUACUCAUGCUUAUUGGCGUGGCAAUUGCAAAAAAGCGAGCUUGGGAUUAGUCUGUGAAAUAGGUCUUCGCUGCCGCACGUAUUAUGUCCUGUGUGGCUCGGUCCUGAGUGUGUGGACAAAAGUGGAGGGUGUCCUCGCAUCCGUCAGUGGCACCAACGUGAAAAUGCAGAUAGUUCGGCUAAGAACAGAAGAUGGACAGCGGAUUGUAGGCUUGAUCAUUCCGGCAAAUUGUGUGUCUCCUCUCGUAAAUCUCCUGUCAACUUCGGACCAGUCUCAGCAGCUUGCGGUCCAGCAGAAACAGCUGUGGCAGCAGCAUCACCCACAGAGCAUCGCCAACUUGAGCAACGCCUGAAGGACAGACAGGUGGCAGCACGGGUUGCACUAUUAAAAUUGAGAUUGUAUAAACCUGGUCAAAAACUGCAAGGUACCAAAAUCUUGUAGAUGUUAAAUAAAAAGUUACCAUCCUAA